AUGUCCACCGUCGCCACACCCUUACUCGACCAGAUCGAGGCCGACGAAGAAGCGCCGCUCAGUCAACAAGCACCUCAGACGCGAGGACCGGCCAGAGAACCCGUCGUCCUGACUCCCGGUGGCGGCGGCGGCGGGGCAAGAGCUCUUGACCGACUCGCAAGCACACCCAGCGAUGCGGAGGCGGGUCUUGCUGGGAUAUUUCGUCAAUCCGCCCACCCAGUCGCUUUACUGACUCUAUAUCUGUUUCGACUUCUCGCACUGGGCUCUUACAUUCUGUCUGGCUUCUUCCCGAACUAUUAUGUCGUUUCUGCGGUUGUGAUCGUUGUGUUUCUUGCUAUGGACUUUUGGAACACGAAGAAUGUUGCAGGACGCACUCUUGUCGGUCUGCGUUACUGGAACCAAGUCGACGAGGACGGCGAGAGUUUCUGGGUGUUCGAAAGUCGCGACCCCUCACGGCCGGCGAACCCUAUAGACUCGAGGAUGUUCUGGGUUGCACUCUACACGUUCCCGGCGUUGUGGACAAUCCUGCUCAUUGUCUCAUUCCUCAAACUGAGCAUAUCUUUCAUACCAAUCGUCGGUCUGGCGCUCGUCUUCAAUAUGACCAACGUUGUCGGAUUCACCUACGCAGACCGCGAUGCAAAGCAGAAAUGGGCUGCGAAUGCGGCCGGCUGGAGUAUGGGUAUCGGCGGCAUUGGAGGCCAGUUACUCUCUGGAGUUGUCAAGAAUAGCGUAGGGCGUGUCUUCCGUUAA